GGCGCCGGAGGGAGGGAGGCAAUGAGUAGAAAAAGUAGAGGAAGGGGAAGAAGAAGAGAGGGGUGUUCUCUCAGGGUAAGGAAGGGAGGGGACCCUAUAUAACCCGGUGUCCUAUACAGGAAGCGUCAGUGUGAUCCAGGCUGCCAUCCUUGCCAUUCUUGCCAUGGCUGCCUCUCAGGUCCUGCUUUUGACGGCGACUCUGGCGGCGAUGUCCAGUGUCCUGGCGGUGCCCCAGCAGCUACGUGAGCCCCUCGGGAUCUACAGCGGAGACGUGGCUCGCUAUGAGUUUGGCUACGAGGUGAACGCUCCUGACUACGGCAAUGACUUCUCCCACGCUGAGAGGCGGGAGGGGGACGACACUUCAGGCCAGUACCGUGUGUUGCUGCCUGAUGGUCGCAUCCAGGUGGUCUCCUACACUGUCAACGGGGAUUCGGGCUAUGUGGCUGAAGUCUCGUAUCAGUGAAAGCAAAGGAGCCACGUAGCGCACCGCAGGACCACUGUCUACAAUUCCUGACGAUCUCACUCAUGGUCACGACUCCUUCAGUAGGGCAGCUUACCUGUGUUGGCUGCUCUCUCUCUCUCUCUCUCUCUCUCUCUCUCUCUCUCUCUCUCUCUCUCUCUCUCUCUCUCUCUCUCUCUCUCUCUCUCUCUCUCU